AUGGCGAGGGAAAUAGCCAGGAAAAAUUCUCACUCAAGAACCUGCAAUGGAAAGGGUUGUUUUAAGCUUUUCGGUGUGCAGCUUUUGGAUCAGGAUCAAUGCCUUACGAAAAGUGCUAGCUUUGGAAAUUUGCAGACUCUUUCUGCGAAUCCAAACAACUCCCACGGAGAUGAUGAAAAUGAGGAAUAUCUCUCUGAUGGGCAGGUCCAUUGUAAGAGAGCCAAGACAGCCAUUGAAAGGAAGAAGGGGAAACCAUGGAAUGAGGAGGAACAUAUGAAUUUUUUAGCCGGGCUGAAUUUGCUGGGAAGAGGUGAUUGGAUUGGCAUUUCAAAUGAAUUUGUGCCCACCAGGACCCCAACUCAAGUAGCAAGCCAUGCACAAAAGUAUUUUGUGCGACAGGCAUUAAGCGAUAAGAAGAAUCGAAGACCUAGUAUUUUUGACAUACCUUAUUCAGAAUCUGUAAAUGCACCACCAUCUUCAGUUAUGCCAUUGAAGACUAGUUUUGAAAUGCCGAUGCAGGCUAAUAACUCGGUUCAGAUUGCAAUUCAAUUCCCAAAUUACCCAGCUACCCCUUACGUGGUUAGAUCCCAUGUUGGUAUGAAAAAAAUGCUUGGAAGCCUGAAUUUCUCUUGUUUACCCUGCUGCAAACCCCUUGUAAUGGUCAAAACUUUGGAGGAUUUUAGGCAAAGAAUUAUCAGAAGCCGGGUUUCCUCUACAUGCCUCCUUCUGCAACAGUUACCACCCACCGUCAUUCCUCUGGUAUUCCUUCACCGCCGCAUUCGUUUCAAGAUGCUACAAGAACCUUCAAAAGAGCUUCUACAACUUAAACUACAAAAGAUUCUUUGGAACUUAAGAUUGGACCUCCUGAAUUCCCGCGAAGAGCUGAUUUACCUUCUGGAGGAAUUCAAGCAAUAUGAUAUAAAAUAUGUUCUUGUGUUUCCUGCAAUUCUGGUUCUCAUGUAA